CUUCGGAAUAACCCGGCAGAUCCUAGUUGGGUUCCACGUUUACCGCGGGUGGCCCAGCUGCGAGGCUCACGGCUCAUGGUACAAGGCUGGGAACGAGACGUAGCCCGAAGCGCCGCGUCCGUGAGAUGCGUGCAAGGAUUCCUAAGCAGAAUGUUGUGUCAAGGACAGCACCAUUUGCUACCCUUGUGGGAAUUGCAUAAUACUUAUUACCAUGGAAAUUAGGACUGUGCCGAAGUUUAUGAAUGGAAUUGUGGGCAUCCUGGAAACUCACAUUCCUUAUGAAGUUGUGGCUUUCUCUGACUGUCGGCUAAGACUCCUCAUCUACAUAUACAACUUUUCUGGAUUGACAUAGGACCAAAUUAAAAGGCAAUGUUCUUCUGGAUUACACUUUACUUUCCUUCAGUUACUGUGGCACCUACCUGGCAAGUUACUCCUCCCUCCUAGAAUUUGAACUGGCCCUCUGUUGCAGCUUGAAUCUGAUCCCUGGACCAAGACAGGAACUCCGUGUGCCAAGGGGUGUCCCUCCCCCCAGAAAAUGUACUGUCCCAGGAAACCAUUGCUCUGCAGUACUGCUCUGCAUCACAGUGGAUCAGCUCCAAGGCCUUUGUGAUUGUGUGCAUCAUAUGUGAACAUCUGGAUACACACUGCUGUUAGCUACAGCCCUUGGAUUUCUUUAAAUGAAGUCUUAUGUUAGAGACCAUAGAUAUAUCAAUUCUGCAAAAUUUCCCUGGAUUCAAGGCCCCAAGCAAACUCAGAAGCCCCAAUGGCAGAGCCCUCUGUAUCCAGGUACCACUUGCAGAGAUGGAUAUCAAUGGUCAUUGUCAUGGUCCAUGCAUGUGGGUCAGAAAAAAGAAUUUUCCAGCAUAAUGAGGUGAAGAGAAAGAAGAAUUUAUUGAGAUGAGAGAGGCUGCUGAUUGCACAGCAAGACAACUUCCUGAUAAUCAGGGAGAGCCCCACCCCCCACCCCCAUGGAUGGGUGCAAGGAUUCCCUAAGCAGAAUAUUCAUUUUGUCAACGAUAGCACCUUUUGCUACCCUUGUGGGAAUUUCAUAAUAUUUAUUAACAUUGAAACCAAGAAAAGGACUGUACUGCAGUGUAUAAAUGGAAUUGUGGGUGUCAUGGCAACUAACAUUCCUUAUGAAGUUGUGGCUUUCUCUGACCGUCGGCUAAGACCCCUCAUCUACAUAUACAACUUUCCUGGAUUGACCAGAAGGACCAAAUUAAAAGGCAAUGUUCUUCUGGAUUACACUUUACUUUCCUUCAGUUACUGUGGCACCUAUCUGGCAAGUUACUCCUCCCUCCCAGAAUUUGAACUGGCCCUCUGGAACUGGGAAUUAGGUGUCAUUUUGUGCAAGAAGUCACAACCUGGUGUAGAUGUAAGCCAGAUGACUUUUAACCCCAUGAACUGGUGCCAGCUGUGCUUGUCAAGUCCAAGUGCAGUGACUGUUUGGACCAUUGAAAGAUGUAACCAAGAACAUUAUCUCAAAGCAAAGUCAGUAAAACUGCCUAUGGAAGAUGGGUCAUUUUUUAAUGAAACAGAUGUAAUUUUCCCCCAAUCGUUGCCCAAGGAUCUUAUCUAUGGACCUGUGCUCCCUGUGUCAGCCAUUGCUGGGCUAGUGGGUGAAGAGGCAGAAACUUUCAGGCCUAAAGAUGAUCUAUAUACUUUGCUUCACCCUACUAUGCACUGCUGGACUCCAACAAGUGACCUAUACAUUGGCUGUGAAGAGGGUCAUCUUCUUAUGAUAAAUGGAGAAAACUUGAAGGCAACCGUGCUUAGUAAAAUGGAAGACGGAACACCAAACAUUGGAAGGAGUCAUAUAAGUCCGGUCACCAUGGUGUAUCAGAAGGGAGGCGUGCUUGCUUCUGGAAUUGAUGGCUUUGUAUAUUCUUUUCUUAUUAAAGAUACAAAUUACAAAGUAGAGGAUUUUCUUGAGAUUGAAGAGCCUGUGGAACAUUUGAUAUUUUCUCCCAGUUACAAAAUGCUGCUAAUUCAGACAGACAAGGGAUCUGUUUAUAUUUAUACUUUUGGUGAAGAGCCAACCUUUGAAAAAAUCCUGGAAGCUUGUGAUGGGAAAUUUCAGGCAACAGAUUUUAUCACACCAAGAAGUGAAUACUGCAUGACCCUCACAGCUUCAGGGGAAGUUUGUAUUUGGGAUAUAGAAGAUGGUUUGUGUGCCAGCAGGAUUUAUCUGAAAAUCCCAGCAACAGUUCUGGCUUGCUCUCCCUCCUCCCUCUCUGCGGCCGUGGGGACCAAGGAUGGUUUUGUCCACUUCCUUGAUGUCCGGAAUGUGGAAUCCCCUCAGGCAGUUCACAAGGCCUUUCUCUCUGAAUCUCCAGUGCAGCACCUCCUGUAUGACCAGAGAGGAAUGUAUCUAUUAGUUGGAACAUCAGAAGGAUAUAUCUUUGUUAUCAAUGCCAAACCCUCAAGCUUAUUUCAGAUUCUUGGAUUCAUAGAGAUCGGCAAAGGUAUUUUGCAAAUAUCCACAGUGUCUCUUUUGGAAAAAGACAUAGUGAAAGUGAUGGUCCUUUACCCACUUCCAGAUACAGGAAGAAGCAGACUGGAAAUAUUUACUCUGCCUAAAAUAAUACCACAAGUUUCUGCAAGCUUUGCUGAUGAACGAGGGAGGCUGAGAGAUGAAUUAAUUCAUAAGUUUGUGUAUGAGAUAGAGCACACUCUGUCCUCUGCAGUCUUGAAUUUUCAAAGUAACCGAAUAUAUGGCUUCUGUAAUCAAGUGCCAUACAUCUGCAGCUAUCUUCUUCCUGAAAAACAGGAACAUGGUGGUGUUUGCAUUCUUAAGCCAUACCAAAAAGUACAAAGCAAACAAUACGGAUCUGGAAUGCUCUCCUUGUCUCCACAUGGAUUGUGGCUCAUAACAAUAGCUAAAUGUGGAAUUCUGUGUGUCCGGGAUAUUCAUACCUUGGAAGUAUUUGCUCGGUGUCGGAGUCAUUCUCACCAGGGGCACGGGAUUCAGUCAGUGAGAAUUUCAAUGGAUGGACAAAACAUUCUGGUGAAUGGGAGAAACGACAGCACGCUUGUUAACCUGAGAUGGAGGCGGUUUGGAGGACACUUAGCCAAUGAAAUUCUUGAAUAUAAUCAGCAACUUUUAACUUUCCUAACAAACAUCAUGGAUGAGGAGAAUGAUUAUUUAAGUAUAACACAAAGAGAUUCCUUGGUUUUGGAAUCAGCAUCUGAACACACAAUACAUGAGAAUAGGCGGUCAAGCACUGACUCAUCGCAAGAGGAAUUAGUCCAAGUUGGUAAUACAGAGGCAAUUCCCUGGAUACAACAGAAGAGCCAAGAGGCCAUCAAAAAGGAGGUUAAACUGUUUUCCAACAAAAGGAAAGAGAUAAAAAGAAAAAUCAAAGCGCUUGCUAAAACUGUUCUGGACAUGAUGGAAGAAAAUGAAGCAGUAGACAAUAUCGCAAAAUUAGAGCAACAAGAAUUUGGCCUGGAUCUUGAAGAGCUGGAAAGGCUCCAUCAUAAAAGUGAGGAAGAAGUGGCAAAGAUAAGAAAGGAUGUUGAGAUGCAAAACCUAGCCAAGAGAUAUUUGGCUGAACUUAUCAAAGAAGAAUGCUGGAAUUCGAUGGCUGUGAAAGGCCGAGCUCUUAAGUGCUUUCACAUCCCCUAUGUGGUUGAGAACUUCCCAAUGAAAGAACGUACAGAUGAAGAAUUGAAAGAAUUGAAAAGAGUUGUGCAGCAAAAGAAGAUUGAAGCAGAGUGUCUUAAACUUCGGAAGGAAAUUGUAGAGGUUCAGUCUGCAAUUACUAUGGUUAAAAAGCAUCAUGAAGAGGAGGAUGAAGAAGAGGAAGAAGAUGGGACAACAAAAGAUACCAACUUGCCCAAUUACCUGCUUGGCAGUCUGAGUACUGAUUUUAGGGUGCAUACCUCUUUGUUGUCAAGCCAACUAGAACUUCAUUCCAGAGAGGAGAAAAUCAACCAAAUUAUAUUACUGAAAGAUAUUAUUUACAAGGUGAAAACUACUUUCAACAGUGAGUUUGAUGCUGCAUAUAAACAAAAAGAGUUUGAAAUUGCACGUGUGAAGGAAAAAAAUGUAAGAAUUCAGGAAAUUAUUUUAGAUCUGGAGUUGGAAGAAUCAGUCUGGCAACCAGAAUUUGAGGACUGUGAGAAGCCAGAGAGAACCCUUGUUGUGAAAAGUAGUGAGAUUACUGCUCAUAAACAUAUUAAUCCAUGGCAAAAAUCCAAAACAGAAUUGCUUGUGGCCCAUGAAAUGGAGCAGUCGCUUCUAACGAGGGGCUCCGACGCAAGACGCCGAGCCCUCAUGGACAUGAUGGGAGGAGUUCUGGAAGUCAAGAAGGAAGACAUUUUGAGAAUGGUGAUUCCUCAACCUGCUUUCAUGGCAAAACCUGACGCUUUGUGGUCUGAAGAGGAAAGGAAACAAUUCAAAGAAUAUGAGAAAAAAGUCAAGGAUUUAAAUGAAGAAAGAGAUAAGUAUAGAAAGUCAUUAGAAGCAGAAAUGAAGAAACUUCAAAACUCUAUUCAAGAAAACACACAGAAUUUUGAUGAACAUUUGAAAAAACUCUUCGAAAGGAGAGUGAAAGCAGAGAUGGUUGUCAACCAGGAGGAAUUGAAGAUAAACAACCUUGUUUUUUCUUUACUGUUGGAUGAAGAAAUAAGCUCCAGAGAAACAUUCUUGAACAACUACCUUACACGGAAGCAGGAGGAGAAAAGCCAGACAGCAGAAGUCGUCCGGAAAUCAAGAGAAGACCUUGAUGUGUACAAGGAACACUAUGACAACUUACUGGCAGAAGACAAAGUUCUGGAUCGUAGCUUUAAAAAGGAGUUUUCUGAAAUUCCCAGUCAUCAGGUGGAUAUACUAUACAAACUGUUUAAACGCCGACCAAGGAUUCACAGACAGAAAGUGCACGCAGAUACAACCAGUCUUGUGCCUUUUGGAGAACGACCAGGAUCUGGGAAAUUGAAUAAGGAUGCCUUUGCCCAGCUAAUGAAAGCCAUGGAUGACUUGGACAAUAUUAAUAACAUGCCAGAAGGCUUGGACCCCUCGGUCUGGGAGCAUUUCUGCGUGACCAGACGAGCAAAAGUGGAAAAUGAACAGAAAGUAAAGCAGAAAGCAGCUGGCUUAAUGGAAAUGGUGGCUUUCCUCCGGAGGAGAACAGAAGAUGAUGAGAGGGUGCAACAGGAAAUUGAAAAAGUGCUCCAUGAGCUCGUCCUACUACAGGAAGACAAAGUGAAAUUCCAGUUGAAUUUGACAAUCCAGAUCCUCCUUAAACAAGGACAAGUAGAGCUGGAGAAUUUCCAGUUCCUGCUGGAGUAUCCUGAUGCAAUCCUCAUCAACAAGAACAUAAUUGAAGACUUGAAUUCUGUGAUUCGGACUCAAGGACAAAAGAAAGUUGCUAGCAUGAUGGAAAGUAAAAAUGUUCAUAAAGGAAUAUUUCAGAUUGAGUGGGAACAUAAGAAAAUGGAGAUGGAAAUGGAAGAUCUAAAUCAGAAGGCUUGGGAUAUUCAGAUGCUGUUUUUUUCAAGAGAUCGUCAAAAGUUCCUAAAUGAACCAAACUAUGAGACUCUGAUUGCCAUUCAAAUUGGAAUAAUGGAGCAAACCAUUGCUGUUUUAGAUAAGACCCACAAAAAGAAUGUGGAAAACUGCAAAAAACUACUUAAAAAACUGGGAAGGUGCAGCAGUCAAAAAGAUGUAGCAAAUUAUACUCUAAGCUGCAGCUUACGAGAAGAGUUGGUGGCUGUCUCGGAGAGAAAAGACAUCUGUAAUGCAGUGGGGUCUAAACUGACUUGUGAAAAGAUUGCAAAAGAACGAUAUGAAAACAUGAUGCAACAACAAAAGUUAACAAAAAUUUCAAAAGAACAAGCAGAGCAGAUUUCAAUACUACAGGCUGAAGUUGAAAGAUUAAGGAUGAAAACAUUUCCUGCUCUUGUUCAAAUGUAA